GAGAAAAUUCUAGAUACAGAGAGACAUCAAUAGUCACCAACCAAUUUCAGAGAAGAGAAUAAUAAUUUUUUUUAAAAAAAAAAGAGGAAUAAAUGGCAUUUCUCAGGUCAGUAACAAACACAACAAAGACUGCUAUAGCUGCCUUUGCUUUGCCUGCUGCCCUCGCUUUCUCAUCUCUCUCCCCUUCUUCUCCAAAUCCCAAACCCGAAAACCUCUUUUUCCUCUCACCAUCAUCUUUUCUUCUCACGUCAGCUCGCUUUGGUCUUGUAAAGAAUUUGACUCAGCGUCCUUCUUCCGUUAGCAUGGACACGUCUACAUCAAAUCAAAAACCCAUCUCACAGGAUAAUGGAGCCUUGCCUGAGAUACUUACAGAAUUCAUGGUGGAUAUGAAGUGUGAGGGUUGUGUUAAUUCUGUCAGGAAUAAGUUACAAACUGUUAAUGGAGUGAAGAAUGUGGAGGUUGAUUUGGCCAAUCAAGUGGUAAGAAUUCUUGGGUCUUCUCCAGUGAAGACUAUGACUGAAGCUUUGGAGAAGACAGGUCGAAAUGCUAGACUAAUUGGCCAAGGAAUCCCUGAAGACUUUUUAGUGUCUGCUGCUGUUGCCGAAUUCAAAGGUCCAGAUAUCUUUGGCGUUGUUCGUUUCGCUCAAGUGAAUAUGGAACUGGCUAGGAUUGAAGCCAGCUUUAGUGGAGUGUCACCUGGUAAACAUGGUUGGUCUAUCAAUGAGUUUGGUGAUCUAACAAAAGGAGCAGCAAGCACUGGGAAAGUGUUUAAUCCAACAAAUCAAGGAACUGAACAAGAGCCACUUGGCGACCUGGGAACAUUAGAUGUUGAUGAGAAAGGAGAUGCCUUCUUCUCGGGGACCAAACGGAAGCUAAGAGUUGCAGAUCUGAUUGGGAGAUCAGUAGUGUUAUUUGGAACUGAAGAUAAAUCAGAUGAAGGUCUCACAGCAGCAGUAAUUGCCAGAAGUGCAGGAGUUGGUGAAAAUUACAAAAAGGUAUGCACAUGUGAUGGGACGAUUAUAUGGGAAUCAAGUAAUAACGAUUUUGUUGCCAGUAAAGUUUGAUACUUAAAAAGUUUAAAUAAAACCCGCACAAGUAUUUAGGCACCAUGUUCAGCCGUUGCAGGGUUAUGUAUUUUAUUUGUAUGUUCACCGUGAGAGACGGAUGGCAUUUAAUGAGCACAUGCCUUUGUUGUAAUCGCGUCAGUUUUGAUACAGGAUGCUUUAAAAAUUGAGUUAGGACAGCGUCUCCUAGCUCUAUCAUGGGGCUUGGGUUUAACACUUUUCAA